CUUUCAAUAAUUAGUAAACUAAUUGAUACAUUCAACAUUCAAAGAAGGAAAUAAUGAAAGAGAAAUUUGGGCAGUUUUCUGGUGUUUUCAUUGCAUAAAAUUAAAAAGAAAUUGGAGAGGGAUUGAAUUAUACGGUAGAGCACAAUCAGCAAACGGAGCAACACCAAUGACAAUCUCACAUUCAUCAACUAUUACAUCAGAAAUAAAGAGGAGACGAAGUUCGUGGCCAUGAAAGAAAGCAUCACGCCGGCAAUCCUGCCACCGACAGCAUGUGUUAAAAGUGGUUCGCCACAACCACCGUAUCCACAUCCAGCUCCUCGAGUUCCUCGGCGGCGAUUCCACUCAAGUUCGCGGAACACCCUGGAUCUACCUCCGGAGGUCGUCUCCUGCGUGGUUGAUUCCAGAUCUGAACAAAUAGACCCCGCCGGACAAGAAACCGACGAGAGAGACGAUGAUGUCUCAGCAUCUGCUGCCAAGAGAGAGUUAAAUCGUUGCUCUGGCUGCUGGGGGAAGUUCGAUUUGACCGGGUUCGGCUAAGGUCCGACGAUGGAGUUUAUAUGGUCAAGUUUGGUGUUCGUUGUUGUGAGGUACUGAGGUGUCGCUGUUUUUUGUUUCGCAGAGAGAAGUCGAUAGAGCUGAGGAGGGAGGGUAUUUUUGUCCCUUCAUGUGAAAAUUAGUCCUAUCCGUGAAUUAGAAAGUGGGAGGUCCUAUUGCCUUCCAUGGGUAUGUUUUAGUUUUCUUUAUGUCUUUUUCCCUAUUCUUUAAUAUAUUUCCG